AUGCAGCUCAUGGAGAAAGGAGAAGGGAAAAAUCAAACAGCCAUCAUGGAAUUCAUCCUCCUGGGGUUCGGGGAUCUCCCUGAACUGCAGACCCUUCUCUUCCUCAUUUUCCUGGUGAUCUACAUUGUGACCAUGGCUGGGAACAUCCUCAUCGUUGCGCUAGUUGUGGCUGAUCAGCACCUUCACACCCCCAUGUACUUCUUCCUGGGGAACUUGUCCUGCUUGGAGACCUGCUACACCUCCACCAUCCUGCCCAGGCUGCUGGCCAGUCUCCUGACUGGGGACAGAACCAUUUCUCUUCCCGGCUGCAUCACGCAGUUUCAUUUCUUUGGUUCUCUAGUAACAACAGAGUGCUCUCUCCUGGCAGCCAUGUCUUACGAUCGGUAUUUAGCCAUAUGCAAACCGCUGCACUAUGGAACCCUUAUGAAUGUCCAGCUGUGCCUCCAGCUAGCAGCUGGGGCUUGGAUUAGUGGAUUUCUAAUUUGUACAAUAGUCACAUGUGUUACAUCACAGUUAAUUUUCUGUGGCCUUAAUGAAAUUGACCAUUUCUUUUGUGAUUUCACCUCACUGAUUCAACUCUCCUGCAGCGACACCAGCCAGAUCACCCCACUUAUUUAUAUAUUUUCCUUCCUAGAUGCAGUUUCCCCUUUUCUAUUAACCCUGGCUUCCUAUAUUUGUAUCAUUGCGACCAUCCUGGGAAUCCCAUCCACCACCGGGAGGCAAAAGGCCUUUUCCACCUGCUCCUCUCACCUCAUUGUGGUGGCACUUUUCUAUGGGACCAUAAUGAUUGUCUACAUGCUACCGAAAUCUGGUACCUGGAGAGCCCUGAACAAAGUGUUCUCCGUCUGCUACACAGUCCUGACGCCCCUGGCCAAUCCGCUCAUCUACAGCCUGAGAAACAGAGAGGUCCAGGAGGCCCUGAGAAAUGCUGCAGCUGACAGUGUGAACACACAACAGAGGUUUCCCUUCUGCACUCUCUGA